AUGGGAAUGCCCCGUAUGAGCCGAACAGCCCUCGGCUGUGCUGCCUGGCCAGAGUUUUGCUGGUAUAUUGUAAUCUUUUUUUCUUUCUCUCUUUUUUUUUUUUUUCGUGUUCCUAAAGCUGAAUUACAGAUUGCUGAAGCCGUUGCUCUUGUAGAUACCCUUCAGAACUGGACGGUUUUAGAUAAAAUAAUUAUUCCUACAAAAAAUCCAGACAAGAAGUUUAUUUUUGGCAAAGGAAACUUUCAGGUUUUGACAGAAAAGAUUAAAAAAUUGCCCCAUGUGACAGCUGUCUUCUUGAAUGUGGAAAGAAUAUCUUCACUAACAAAGAAAGAACUAGAAGAUGCCUGGGGCGUGAAAGUCUUUGACAGAUACACAGUUGUACUUCACAUUUUUCGUUGUAAUGCCCGGACUAAAGAAGCAAAACUUCAGAUAGCAUUGGCCGAAAUUCCGCUUCUCAGGUCAAAUCUGAAAAAUGAGGUGUCUCAGCUAGAUCAGCAGAAAGGUGGCUCGAGAUACAUCAUGGGUUCAGGUGAAACAUUCAUGGAGACACAGAAUCGUGUCUUGAAAGAAAAAGAACUUAAAAUUAGGAGUGCCCUGGAGAAACUAAGAAGAAAAAGGUCUUUACUUAGAACUCAGCGCAGAAAACGCGAGUUUCCAGUUAUCUCAGUAAUGGGCUAUACUAAUUGUGGAAAAACAACCUUGAUCAAAGCCUUGACUGGAGAAGCAGGACUUCAACCCAGAGAUCAGCUGUUUGCCACUCUUGAUAUUACAGCCCAUGCUGGCUAUCUGCCCUCACAUAUGGCAGUUAUUUAUGUUGACACUAUCGGGUUUCUGACUGAUCUUCCACAUAAUCUGGUUGAGUCCUUUUCAGCUACAUUAGAAGAAGUGGCUUACUCAGAUCUGAUAGUUCAUGUGAGGGAUAUUACUCAUCCAGAAACCAUCCUCCAGAAAGCAACUGUUCUGUCAGUUCUGAAGAAUCUUAAUAUUCCCAGCCAUUUAUUGGACUCAAUGGUAGAAGUUCAUAACAAAGUGGAUUUGAUAGAAAGGUAUAAACCCACUGAAGAAAAUGCUUUAGCCAUUUCUGCUCUACAUGGACAUGGUUUAGAACUGCUGAAAGAAGAAAUAGAGAAAAAAGUUUUGACGGCAACAGGGAAGAAGAUUCUGACAGUUAACAUCAACUUAGAGGGACCUCAGCUAAGUUGGCUUUAUAAAGAAGCAACAGUUCAGCAAGUAGAAGUCAUGCCUGAAGACGGCACAGCCAGGGUGAAGGUGAUAAUCAGCAGUUCUGCUUUUGGCAGAUACAAAAAACUCUUUCCUAACAGUAAGAUCUUUAUGCCAUGAAACUGCAUCCUUUUCUAGGAAAAGAAACUGAUGUCAUUAAAAGGAUGUGAAAUGAAGUUAAUGACCUGUUAGCCUGGGUGCUGAACAGUGUAUUUCUUCCCCAGUUGAUGUUUUUGAUGCAUUUUAGAAAUGGACACUGUUUCAGAAAACUUCUGUUUGGAAACAAUAAGAGCUUUGAGCUUUGUUCUGUCAGCAUGCACAAAGGAAAGCGCUAAAUUUUUAAUGUUGAAACAGUUGUUGGCUUUAAGCUGUGGACCCUCAGACACAUGGAAAUCACUGCAUCACAUCUGAAUUAACUUCAGAAAAGUACCAAAUUUCUUAUAUCAUAUAAAUAAAGCUUUUUACCCUAUU